AUGAGCGCACAAGAAUUCGAGUGGAAAAACGACUUUGCCCUUCUUGCAGCCACCCCAACCAAAAAGGACGAAUGGUGGACGCCACCCGUAGGCGAAUCCACCAAAGUGCACAACCAAUACAACGAAACCCGCUUCAAACUUAAGCACAAAAGUGGCAAAACGAUGGAUAUCGUCUUUCGUGUGCACAACGAUGGCCUAGGUUUUCGCUACGAAUUCCACAAAUCGGGUAAGGAAACCACCAUGACCGUCACCGACGAACUCACCGAAUUUCAAAUGACUGCCGACCAUACCGCUUGGUGGAUACCCGGCGACUACGAUAGCAACGAACACUGCUAUACCACCUCCAAAGUCAGCGAAAUAAAUGGUGCCCCCUACAACGAAAAUGAAAAAAGUAUCUACACGCAACAUAUCGUGGAGUUAUUGUCGUGCCAAACGCCCAUCACAAUGCGCCAAGCCAACGAUGUGCACCUCACCAUUCACGAAGCCGGAUGCAUCGAUUUUCCGGCUAUGCAACUCAAAAUAGACCCCGCCGCCUUGCGUUUCUCCGCCGCGCUCAUCCCUUCGCCCAUUCCAGCCGUCAAAAGCACCAACAAACUCCCCUUCAACACGCCUUGGCGCGCCAUCAUCAUCAGCAAAGAUGCAGCAGGUAUCGCAGCCUCCAAGCUCAUCUACAACCUCAACGACCCCUCCAAAAUACGCGAUGUAAGUUGGAUAAAACCCAUGAAAUACGUAGGAAUAUGGUGGGAAAUGCACGUAGGUAAGUCCACUUGGGACUUUUCCGGUAGCCAAGAUGCCACCAAUACCACCACCGCCAAUAAACCCCACGGCAAGCACGGCGCCACUACUGCCAAUGCCAAACGCCACAUCGAUUUUGCUGCCAAAAAUGGCUUUGAUGGGGUACUCAUAGAAGGCUGGAACACCGGCUGGGAAGACUGGUUUGGCAAGCAAAUAGACUCGGUUUUUAGCUUCACAAAGCCUUAUCCGGACUACGACAUCGACUAUCUCUCCAAGUACGCCGCCGAAAAAGGUGUGAAAAUCAUCAUGCACCACGAGACCUCAGCCGCUGUACCCAACUACGAAAGCCAGAUGGAAGAUGCCUUCCGCUUCAUGAAUAAGCACAAAAUGCCCGCUGUAAAAACCGGAUACGUAGGCAAAAUAAUACCGCGUGGCGAAUGGCACGAUGGACAAUGGAUGAAUAAUCACUACGCUCGCGUAGCCGAAACCGCCGCAAAAUUCAAAAUUAUGGUCAAUUCCCACGAAUCUGUACGACCUACCGGACUUGCGCGCACCUACCCCAAUUACGUGGCUUGCGAAGCCUCACGCGGGCAGGAGUUCAACGCCUGGAGCAAGGGCAACCUCCCCGAGCACGAGACUAUUUUGCCUUUCACACGCAUACUUGGAGGCGGUUUUGACUACACGCCCGGCAUUUUCGAGACGCGCAUGAGCACCUACGACCCCAAAAAGACCGAGGUCGUGCACACCACCGUCGCCAAGCAGCUCGCCCUCUAUGUCACGCUCUAUUCGCCCAUACAGAUGGCUGCCGACCUCCUCGACAACUACGAAAAACGCCCCGAUGUCUUCCAAUUUAUCCGCGAAGUGCCCGCAGAUUGGUCCGAAUCGCACGUACUGACCGCUGCGGUGGGCGACCACAUUACCUUUGCGCGCAAGAGCAAAAAGUCCGAUAGCUGGUACAUAGGCGCUAUCACCGAUGAAGACGCACGCGACAUAUCAAUUACGCUUGAUUUUUUGGAUAAAAAUGCUACCUACACCGCCACGAUCUACGAAGAUGGCUCUGGCGCCGAUUGGGAAACCAACCCAUAUCCGGUCAAUAUUCGCAUCAUCGAAGUGAAAAAAGGCACCAAAAUGACGCUCCAACUUGCUAAAGGUGGUGGGUGUGCGAUUAGUUUGGUGAAAAAGGUGAAGAAAUAG